AUGAGUGAUCGUUUCUCAAGGACAAUCUAUGUUGGAAACCUUCCAGAUGAUAUUAGAGAAUACGAAAUUGAAGAUUUGUUUUACAAGUAUGGCCCCAUUUUGGAUAUUGAAUUGAAGGUUCCCCCUCGCCCACCUUGCUAUUGUUUCGUGGAGUUUGAUAGUCCUCGAGAUGCAGAAGAUGCCAUUAAUGGCAGAGAUGGCUAUAACUUUGAUGGUUGUCGAUUGAGGGUUGAACUUGCACAUGGUGGCAGGGGACAAUCUUCAAGUGAUCGUCGUGGUGGUUAUGACAGGGGCAGUGGUGGAGGCAGAGGCAGUGGCCGAUAUGGUGCUUCUCGUCAUUCUCAAUAUAGAGUUAUUGUUCGUGGGCUCCCGUCCUCUGCUUCUUGGCAAGACUUGAAGGAUCAUAUGCGAAAAGCUGGGGAUGUCUGCUUUGCUGAAGUUUCACGAGACCGUGAAGGAACCUAUGGCCUUGUUGAUUACACAAAUUACGAGGACAUGAAAUAUGCUAUCCGUAAGCUCGAUGAUACUGAGUUCAGAAAUCCUUGGACUAGAACUUAUAUUCGGGUGAAGGAACUCAAGGGCAGUCCAUCGAGAAGCCGGAGUAGGAGUCGGAGUAGAAGUAGAAGUCCCAGGAGGAGAAGCGGAUCACUUGAUCGAUCUGUUUCGAGGUCACCAUCUGCAUCUCCUAUUAAGGCGCCCAGAUCAAGGUCGAAAUCAAAGUCUGCAUCUCCUCGUGAGGCAAGGUCCCGCAGUCCAUGA